AUGUCGAACGAAACGCCAAUGCCGAGGGCUAAAAAAGGUGAACCACGAAAGCUGGAAUUACCAGAAAAGGACGAAGAAGAAAAUCAAACCCCAUCAGUGAGUGCUCAAAAAGUGAAGAAAAAAGCCAAAGAAGAAAUGAAAAAAGCAAUGGCAGCAAUAAAGGUGAUGAACAGCCGAAUGGAUUCCGUGCGAAACAAAUUGAUGAGAGUGCGAUCGAGUUUGGAAUCUAGCCAAGACGUUCCAAACCCGAAUCUGAAGUGUAAACAGUUCUUACAGCUUCAGCUAAAAACCAUCGAGAGUGCCUUUGCGGAAUACGCCCAGCUUCAUCAGAGAGUUUUUCAAGCGGACGUUGAAGACGAGGUACGAGAGGAGGCUGAGGAAGCAUAUGUUAGGUUUGAGCAGCAAUACGGUGAGUUAUUCAUCUAUAUUUCUAAAUUGAUCGAUGAUAACAUUAAGAUGGAGGAAGAUGCUGCUCGCACCAUCCAGCCGCUACAAAGUAUGCAGAAUAGGACAUCCGAAGUUGCGCUACACCUACCACCGUUGAAGGUUUCGUUACCCACGUUUGAUGGGACGUAUGAGAAUUGGUUCGCCUUUCGAUCUAUGUUCGAGACGAUUAUGCAGCGGUACAAUUCUGAAGCUCCCGGUAUUAAGCUUUACCAUCUCCGAAACUCGUUAGUGGGCAAAGCCGCAGUGAAGCAAGUACUGAAAAACCAAAAACCAGUACGCAACGUACAAGAAGCGAAGGGAAAGACGAGUACCUUACUUACUGUUACCGAUAAGUGUCCGCAAUGUUCUAAUAAUCAUGAGCUGUGGAGAUGUGAUACGUUCAAGAACGUAAACUUAUCCGACAAGUACAAUACCCUGCGACGCAUUGGUGCCUGCUUCAAUUGUCUACAGAAAGGGCAUAGACUAAGCAACUGCACGUCGAAACAUACGUGCAAAAAGUGUCGGAAACCUCAUCACACAAUUCUCCAUCCUGAUGAUAAUGCGAAAGAGUCUGAAAAGUCGUCACCGUCCGCAAAGAAGGCAGAGCAAACGAAAACUCUUGAGCAGUCACCAACGAGCGGUUCGACUGUAGCUACAACAGAUGUAGAGCAACAAUCUAAUUUCUGCGCGCAACCAAAAAACUUGGGAAAGCAGAUACUUCUUUCUACAGCAGUCGUUCUUGUCCACGGAAAGGGCGGUCAACAGUAUCCCUGUCGAGUACUACUGGACUCUGGGUCGCAUACGAGCUUUGUGACCGAGCAGUUCGCGACUGUUUUAGCGCUAAAGAAGCAUCCAACAAACGUGCACAUCAGCUGUUUGAACGAUACUCAGACCAAAGUUCGUCUCAAGAUCCAUAUCCAAGUGACGUCUCGUGUCAACGACUACACGGUUUGCUUGGAACUGCUUGUGGUUCCCAAAAUCACGAGAGUUCUGCCAAGUAGUAAGGUGGAUAUUAGUACCUUGUCUCUCCCAAGCGGAAUUGAACUCGCAGAUCCAAGAUUCCAUGUCCCCUACAAGAUCAACAUGUUGUUGGGAGCAGAUGUAUUUUUUGAUAUGCUGAUGAUAGGUCGACUACAACUACCAAGAAGUGGUGCUUUACUACAAGAAACUCAGUUUGGAUGGGUUUUGAGUGGACCAGUUCCGAACGAAGAUUCUCGAGUCGUUCAUUCCUUCUCCGCUACUGCCUCCGAAGAAAGCGUGGAUACAUUGGUGAAAAAAUUUUGGGAAAUUGAGUCGUUCGGCGAUAUCGAAGGAAUAAAUUCUACUAUUGAAGAAGAAUGCGUGCAACAUUUCGAAAGAACGCAUCAGCGAAUGGCAAACGGCAGAUAUUUGGUGCGUUUACCGUUCAAUGAUAGGAAGAUCCUACUGGGAGAUUCGAGGCGCAUGGCCGAAAAACGAUUUUAUGGAUUGGAAAAACGUCUGAACGGCGUUCCUGAGCUGAAGCAACAGUAUAGUGACUUCCUGCGGGAGUACGAAACACUUGGUCACAUGAUCGAGAAUCCGAAGCCCGAUAAUUCACAGGGUUUCUAUUUACCACACCACUAUGUCCUGAAACCCACUAGUUCUACUACAAAGUUACGUGUGGUUUUCGAUGGAUCAGCAGCGUCAGAUACGGGGAUUUCAAUCAAUGAAACCCAAUUGAUCGGGCCAAUUGUACAAAAUGAUUUGGUCUCGAUUCUUCUGAAUUUCCGUAUCCAUAGAUUUGUGUUUACAGCCGACAUCUCUAAAAUGUACCGGCAAGUCGCGGUACACGAAGACGACCGAAGAUAUCAGAGAAUCUUGUGGAGGAAAACCCAGAAUGAACCAUUGAAAACGUACGACUUGCAAACCGUAACGUACGGCUUAGCUUCAUCGCCAUUUCUUGCGACGAUGUCUCUCCGUCAAUUGACUGAAGAUGAAGGAGUACAGUAUUCAUUAUCCUCGAAGGCGAUCCAGAAAUCUUGCUAUAUGGAUGAUGCACUCUUUGGAGCUGAUGCAUUACCGGAAAUCAUUGAAUUGAAGAAUCAGACCGUAGCUCUUUUGGCAAAGGGUUGUUUUUGUGUACACAAAUUUGCCUCGAAUUCCCAAGAACUACUGAUGGACAUCCCAGAAGUCCAACGAGAACGUGGUAUUGAAAUCAAGGAUACAAAAACCAGUGACAUCGAGCUCCAUGGGUUUGCUGACGCUUCAGAGCUCGCAUACGGCGCCUGCAUCUAUACACGAUUGAAACGAACUGACGGUACAGCGGAGAUGAAGUUAGUAUGCAGCAAGUCAAGAGUGUUACCCAGGAAAACAAAGGAACAGAAGCAAAUCACCACACCACGUGCCGAAUUAUUGGCGGCAGUGCUAUUAUCACGGUUAACUGUGAAGAUACUAGCUGCGUUCGAUAUACAAUUUGGUUGUGUGACUAUGUGGAGUGACUCGCAAAUUGUCUUGUGCUGGAUUCGGAAGUCACCUAGUGAGCUGAAAACGUACGUUAGCAAUCGAGUCCGAGAAAUUCAAAAUACGACUGAGGGAUUUCAAUGGAAAUACAUCCCAACGAAGGAGAACCCUGCUGAUUGUUUAUCGCGUGGAAUCGCCCCGAAGAACAUGGAGUCUCAUUCGCUCUGGUGGACUGGACCAACAAUGCUCCGUAUUGCAGAUCCAAUCAUUGUUGUGCCGCCUGCACUGGUGGACGAAGAUAUUCCUGAAGUGAAGAAGACAGUGUUAGUAACAGCGAUCACAGAAGCACGGCUACCGCUUUUCGAUCGAAUUAGCCGCUUUUCAAUUAUUCUGCGUGCUAUGGCAUAUGUGGUGCGUUUUUGUGAUUUUUUGCGUAGUGGUAGGAAGAAACUCACUAAGGGUUUACCUACGACGGAUGAGAUUUCACUAUCUCACGCACUGAUCAUGCGAUUAGUGCAAACUGAAGCAUUUGCUACUGAGUUGAAGUUAUUGCGAACGAAGAACCCCAAUUUGAAAGUUCCCUUCCGGAGCUUGCAUCCUUUCAUCGAUCCAAAUGAUGCAAUUCUGCGAGUCGGAGGCCGUUUGAGGAACGCCCAAGUUCCUUAUGAGUACAAGCAUCAAGCGUUACUCCCGGAUAGACAUCCCUUGACAACAACAUUGAUACGAUACUUGCAUCAAACCAAUCUUCACCCCAGUCAAAGAAGCUUGCUAGCUAUAGUAAGACAGCGAUAUUGGCCUCUACGAGCAAAAAACAUCAUCAGAAAGGUUAUACAUCAGUGUAUACCAUGCUAUCGGUUAAAACCAACUACAUCUACGCAACUCAUGGGAGAUCUACCCGACUAUCGAGUCCAGCCGUCGUUUCCGUUCACACGCACCGGGCUGGAUUUCGCCGGUCCAUUCAAUAUUCGUGGCAACCACAAACUACGAAACGCGCAGAUUACGAAAGGUUACAUCUGUGUAUUUGUGUGCAUGGCAACUCGUGCCCUUCAUCUGGAAGCGGUUUCAGACUUGACGUCGGAAGCCUUUCUCGGGGCCCUGCAACGGUUUGUCAGUCGUCGAGGUCUGAUCGAGAAUUUGUACUCCGACAAUGCAACCAAUUUUGAAGGCGCUAACAAUGAACUACGUCAUCUAGCUGAACUGUUUCGUGAUGAGCAACAUUGUCGUGAUCUUGAUACGUUUUGUACACAGCGAGGUAUCAAGUGGUCCUUCAUUCCGCCACGAAGCCCACACUUCGGGGGGAUUUGGGAAGCGGGUGUCAAAUCCGUUAAACGGCACCUCAUGCGAAUUUUGGCCGAGCAUAAUCUUUCCUUCGAGCAAUUCUCAACAGUGCUUACCCAGAUAGAGGCGAUUUUAAACUCGCGGCCAUUAACACCUACUUCAGACGAUCCAAGCGAUGUUCGUGCUAUCACUCCGGCCCAUUUUCUAAUCGGUCGGGAGUUUCAAGCGAUCCCAGAGCCUUCAUAUCAGCAAAUUCAUCCUGGUCGGCUGUCCAAGUGGCAGUUCGUCCAAGAUUUAAAGCAAAAAUUCUGGAACCUGUGGAUGACCCACUAUCUUCACGAGCUUCAGCAACGCCAGAAGGAUUUCAAAAUCACCACGUUCAAGAUUGGUGCGUUAGUAUUGGUCGUCGACGACAACGUACCUCCUUUGCAAUGGAUGCUUGCCCGUAUCACUGAGUUGAUUCCAGGAAGAGACGGCCACACACGUGUGGUUGGUCUGCGUUUACCUAACGGCAAAACAACGACGAGAGCAAUCAAGAAGAUCUGUUUACUUCCGUUGGAUGGUGAAGGAGAAGAACCAGCCAUCCCUUCUUGA